UGUGCCUUUCAACCACACGCUGUGUGUGUAUAUAUACAACCUCGCUCCUCCGUUCCAAGCCUGGUUCUCAUUGUUCUUUCGUUGCUUUCCUUUCUACGAAAUCCUCGCACCCUCAAAACCUGUGCAAUCUUGUGAUUUUUGGCUAUGGGCGUGACGCUUUUGCCAGAUAUAGCGACGGAGAUACUGAUUCCGGCGUGCGCGGUGGUGGGGAUCGCGUUCUCGCUGGUCCAGUGGCUCAUCGUCUCCCGCGUCAAGGUCUCGCCAGGCAACGACUCCGACUCUGCCAACAGCGGCGCCGGAAAGAAUGGCUACGCUGACUACCUCCUUGACGAAGAGGAGGGCCUCAACGACCCCAGCGUCGUUCUCAAGUGCGCCGAAAUCCAAAACGCCAUCUCUGAAGGAGCAACCUCCUUCCUAUUUACUGAAUAUCAGUAUGUUGGCGUGUUCAUGGUGGCUUUUGCUGUAUUGAUAUUCCUUUUCCUUGGCUCUGUGGAGAGUUUCAGCACAAGUACUCGGGCUUGCAAGUAUGAUGAAACCAAGUUGUGCAAGCCUGCUCUUGCUACUGCUCUCUUCAGUACCAUAUCAUUUUUGCUCGGUGGUAUUACUUCGGUGGUUUCGGGCUUCCUUGGAAUGAAAAUUGCUACAUACGCGAAUGCCAGAACCACCCUGGAGGCGAGAAAGGGUGUUGGGAAGGCAUUUAUCACUGCAUUCAGAUCUGGUGCAGUCAUGGGCUUUCUCCUUGCUGCCAAUGGACUCUUGGUGCUUUUCAUUGCCAUCAAUCUCUUUAAGCUAUACUAUGGUGAUGACUGGGGAGGCCUUUUUGAAGCUAUCACUGGGUAUGGUCUAGGUGGAUCUUCCAUGGCUCUCUUCGGCCGAGUUGGUGGAGGUAUCUAUACUAAAGCUGCUGAUGUUGGUGCUGAUCUUGUUGGCAAGAUUGAAAGGAAUAUUCCUGAGGAUGACCCAAGAAAUCCAGCUGUGAUAGCUGAUAAUGUUGGUGAUAAUGUUGGGGAUAUAGCUGGUAUGGGAUCUGAUCUUUUUGGCUCGUAUGCUGAGUCAUCCUGUGCUGCCCUAGUUGUUGCUUCCAUCUCCUCCUUUGGAAUCAAUCAUGAGUUUACACCGAUGUUAUAUCCUCUAAUUGUUAGUUCCGUGGGUAUCCUGGUUUGUUUGAUCACCACCUUAUUUGCAACUGAUUUCUUUGAAAUCAAAGCUGUGAAAGAAAUUGAGCCAGUGUUGAAGAGGCAGCUCAUCAUUUCGACCAUUUUGAUGACUGCUGGAAUUGCAAUUGUUAGUUGGGUUGCACUCCCAUCUUCCUUCACCAUCUUCAACUUUGGAACUCAGAAAGUUGUGAAGAAUUGGCAGCUGUUCUUAUGUGUUGCCGUAGGUUUGUGGGCUGGGCUUAUUAUUGGCUUUGUGACCGAGUAUUAUACUAGCAAUGCUUACAGCCCUGUACAAGAUGUUGCUGACUCCUGCCGGACUGGAGCUGCCACUAAUGUCAUUUUUGGACUUGCAUUGGGCUACAAAUCUGUCAUUAUUCCCAUCUUUGCCAUUGCUGCUAGUAUUUUUGUUAGCUUCAGCUUUGCUGCUAUGUAUGGUGUUGCGGUGGCUGCCCUAGGAAUGCUGAGCACUAUAGCUACUGGAUUGGCCAUUGAUGCAUAUGGUCCCAUCAGUGAUAAUGCUGGAGGCAUUGCUGAGAUGGCAGGAAUGAGCCACACAAUCCGAGAGAGAACUGACGCUCUUGACGCUGCUGGAAACACGACUGCUGCUAUUGGAAAGGGUUUUGCAAUUGGUUCUGCUGCUCUUGUGUCCCUGGCCCUCUUUGGUGCUUUUGUGAGUCGUGCAGGAAUCAGAACAGUUGAUGUCUUGACUCCAAAAGUGUUUAUUGGUUUGAUCGUGGGAGCAAUGCUUCCUUACUGGUUUUCUGCCAUGACAAUGAAGAGCGUGGGAAGUGCAGCUCUAAAGAUGGUUGAGGAAGUGCGCCGGCAAUUCAACACCAUCCCAGGUAUCAUGGAGGGCACUGCAAAGCCUGACUAUGCUACCUGUGUUAAGAUCUCCACUGAUGCUUCUAUCAAAGAGAUGAUCCCACCUGGUGCUCUUGUCAUGCUCACACCCCUCAUUGCUGGUAUCUUUUUCGGUGUGGAAACUCUCUCUGGUGUCCUUGCCGGAUCCCUUGUUUCUGGUGUACAGGUUGCUAUCUCUGCGUCCAACACUGGUGGUGCAUGGGAUAAUGCCAAGAAGUACAUUGAGGCUGGUGCUUCAGAGCAUGCAAGAACCCUUGGUCCAAAAGGAUCAGAUCCACACAAGGCAGCUGUUAUUGGUGAUACCAUCGGGGACCCACUCAAAGAUACAUCUGGACCAUCACUCAACAUUCUUAUCAAGCUAAUGGCCGUCGAGUCACUUGUGUUUGCUCCCUUCUUUGCUACACAUGGUGGCCUGCUCUUUAAGAUCUUCUGGACUUGCAUCGAUAGUCGGCGUGAUCAACGUUUGUCGAUUUCCGAUCUUCAUCAGAUGGAGGGAGGGAAUCCUAGGGUGAAGAAUCGAAGAUUGAAGAAGAAGAAGAAGAGGCGAAGAGGUGAAGAGAAGCCAGAAGAGGAAGAGGACGACUCAAACACCGACGAGGAAUUGUGCCACUGCUGCCACUGCCAUUGCCACCCAGUAAGGAAUUUGGAAGACACCACAAUGCUCUCCCUCUCCCCUCUCCACCACCCUUCACCGCCACCACCCAAACCCUCUCUCCCCUCUCUCUGCUCUCUGCAACACUCUCUGCCUUCCAAACCCACCGCUGCCUUCUCUGUCCGGCGCCGCCGACCCCUCCGCGUGCGAGCCCUCGACGCCGCUCAACCCUACGACUACGAAUCGAAGAUGGCGGCCGCCCAUUUCCAGAGCACCCAUCACCUCAAAAUCGCCAUCAUCGGCUUCGGCAACUUCGGGCAGUUCCUGGCCAAAACCCUGGUCCGCCAAGGCCACACUGUCCUCGCCCACUCUCGCUCCGACCACUCCCACACCGCCAAGACCCUCGGCGUCUCCUUCUACUCCGACCCCCACGACCUCUGCGAGGAACAUCCAGAAGUCAUUCUCCUCUGCACCUCCAUAAUUUCAACCCAACGGGUCCUCUCCUCCUUCCCCCUCCAGCGACUCAAGCGUAGCACAUUGUUCGUCGACGUUCUUUCCGUCAAAGAGUUCCCCAGAGAUCUACUGCUCCACCUUUUGCCCGCUGAUUUCGAUUUGAUUUGCUCGCACCCAAUGUUCGGACCCCAGAGCGCCGGCCACAGCUGGAGCGGGCGUUUCUUUGUUUACGAGAAAGUUCGAAUUGGCGACGAAGAGUCGAGGAUUUCACGGUGCGACAAGUUCCUCAACGUUUUCGCGAGAGAAGGUUGCGAAAUGGUGGAGAUGAGCUGCGCCGAGCACGACAAGCACGCGGCCGGGUCGCAGUUCAUCACCCAUACGGUCGGAAGGGUGUUGGAGAUGCUGAGCUUGGAGUCCACGCCCAUUAAUACCAAGGGUUACGAGACCUUGUUGGAUUUGGUGGAGAACACGGCCGAAGAUAGCUUUGAUUUGUACUACGGCUUGUUCAUGUACAACAAGAGCGCGAUGCAGAUGUUGGAGAGGUUGGAUUUGGCUUUCGAGGCCUUGAGGAAUGAGCUCUUCGGCCGGUUGCAUCAUGUGGUUAGGAAACAGUUCUUUGAGAAUGCAGAGAAGGCGCAAAAUUCGCAGGACACCCAGUUGCUCAAAUGGUCUCAGCCUCAAAAUGGAGCUGCAUUGCUAUCUUCUUCUUCGUUGACUUUGAGGUCUCAGGAUAUUGCUCAACCAUAUGAGUACAAAGGGCAGAUCUCUGACUGCCUUGACAACAGCACGAAGCUAAAAAUUGCGGUAAUUGGAUUUGGAAACUACGGCCAGUUCCUUGUGAAGUCCUUUGUACGCCAAGGUCACACAGUUUUGGCAUAUUCUAGAUCAGACUACUCUGAUGUAGCUGAAAAAUUAGGGGUUUCUUACUUCUCUGAUCCCGACGAUCUUUGUGAAGAGCAUCCUGAAGUGAUUCUUCUUUGUACUUCCAUUCUUUCUACGGAGCAAGUUCUGAGGUCAUUGCCAGUUCAGAGAUUGAAGAGAAGUACUCUGUUUGUUGAUGUACUUUCUGUGAAAGAAUUUCCAAGAAGUUUGUUUCUUCAAAAUUUGCCGCCAGAUUUUGAUGUUCUCUGCACGCAUCCUAUGUUUGGACCUGAGAGUGGUAAAUAUGGGUGGAAUGGUCUUCCUUUUGUUUAUGAUAAGGUUAGGGUUGGAAGUGAUGAAUUAAGAGUAUCACGGUGUCACCAGUUUCUUGAUAUUUUUGCACGAGAAGGAUGCCGAAUGGUGGAAAUGUCUUGUGCAGAACAUGAUUGGCAUGCAGCAGGGUCACAGUUCAUUACCCACACGAUGGGAAGGGUUUUGGAAAAGUUGGGGUUGGAGUCAACGCCGAUUAACACAAAAGGCUAUGAGACUUUGUUGAAUUUGGUAGAGAAUACUGCAGGGGAUAGCUUUGAUCUUUACUAUGGCUUGUUCAUGUACAAUGUAAAUGCGAUGGAGCAGCUAGAGAGGUUGGACCAUUCCUUUGAAUCAUUGAAGAAGCAGCUCUUUGGGCGUUUGCAUGGUAUUCUUCGGAAGCAACUGUUUGAGAAUGCAGAGAAGUUCCAAGUUUUGUUGGAAAAACGCAUGUUGCCAAAACAAUCUCAAAGCAGUGCUGCGCUGGCAUCUUCUUUGGAGGCUGUUGAUGUCCAAACGAACUAGUUAAAUGUUCCAGCCUUUUUGUUAUGAUUAUUAUGACGCGCGAUAUAGAUCAUUGGAUGCACUAGUAAGAAGUGAUUUGAUUCAAGUUUGAGGCACAACAAGGACAUGGAAGGUUAAAUAGAAUGAGGGCUGGGGCAGCUAGAGACUAGAGACGACAUUGUGGCCUGUAGUGUGAAGAAAGAUAUGGCCGUUGAUGGAGCUGAAUUUUUGGUAAUUAGUUUGUUGGAGGAUUUUUGGUCGUUUUCUCCAUUUAGGUUCUGAAUUUUUGGAGGCAGCUUAAUGUAUCAUUUGUUAGAGUAAUUGUUAUGGUGUAAUUUAGGAAAUAGUGAUGAAUGUUUCGUGUUCCCAUCUUCAUGUGGAUUCUGAUUCGAAUGAAUAAAUUCUUCUUUU